GCGCUCUUUCUCGAGACGCGCCUCGCUCAGAGAGUGCCCGUGGCUCCGCGUUCUCGUCGCGGUCCUGCGGUCGGCGGCCUCCGCGUGUGCGGAGCGAGGCCAGGCGGCGGCCCCUGCUCGAGGCCCGCGUCGUCAUGGCCGCGGUUCCCGAGUUGCUGCAGCAGCAGGAGGAGGACCGCAGCAAGCUGAGAUCUGUGUCUGUGGACCUGAAUAUUGAUCCUUCACUUCAGAUCGACAUACCUGAUGCACUCAGUGAGAGAGAUAAGGUCAAAUUUACAGUGCACACCAAGACCACACUGCCCACGUUUCAGACAGAGUUUUCUGUUACAAGGCAGCAUGAAGACUUUGUGUGGCUACAUGACACACUCACUGAAACAACAGAGUAUGCUGGGCUUAUUAUUCCACCUGCACCUACAAAGCCUGACUUUGAUGGCCCUCGUGAGAAGAUGCAGAAACUUGGAGAGGGGGAAGGGUCUAUGACCAAGGAAGAAUUUGCCAAGAUGAAACAAGAACUGGAGGCUGAGUAUCUCGCUGUCUUUAAGAAGACUGUGUCCUCCCAUGAAGUCUUUCUUCAACGGCUUUCUUCUCAUCCUGUUCUCAGUAAAGAUCGCAACUUUCAUGUUUUCCUGGAAUAUGAUCAGGAUCUAAGUGUCAGGCGGAAAAAUACCAAAGAGAUGUUUGGUGGCUUUUUCAAAAGUGUGGUGAAAAGUGCUGAUGAAGUCCUUUUUUCUGGAGUUAAGGAGGUAGAUGACUUCUUUGAGCAAGAGAAGACCUUCCUCAUUAACUAUUACAACAGGAUCAAGGACUCCUGUGGGAAAGCUGACAAGAUGACCAGGUCUCAUAAAAAUGUUGCAGAUGACUAUAUCCACACUGCAGCUUGCUUGCACAGCCUGGCUUUGGAAGAGCCCACAGUCAUCAAAAAGUACCUGUUGAAGGUUGCUGAGCUGUUUGAAAAACUUAGGAAAGUAGAGGGUCGAGUCUCAUCAGAUGAAGAUUUAAAGCUCACAGAACUCCUCCGUUACUACAUGCUCAACAUAGAGGCCGCAAAGGACCUCUUAUACAGACGUACUAAGGCCCUCAUUGACUAUGAGAACUCAAACAAAGCUCUGGAUAAAGCCCGGCUGAAAAGCAGAGAUGUCAAGUUGGCAGAGGCACACCAGCAGGAAUGCUGCCAGAAAUUUGAACAGCUUUCUGAGUCUGCUAAAGAAGAACUGAUAAAUUUCAAGCGGAAGAGAGUGGCAGCAUUUAGAAAGAAUCUAAUUGAAAUGUCUGAACUGGAAAUAAAGCAUGCCAGGAAUAAUGUCUCCCUCUUGCAGAGCUGCAUUGACUUGUUCAAGAACAACUGACCUACCUUUACUCUGAAGAAGGAAAUGAAUGUGAAAGAAAACCAGCAUCACUUGCACUUAAAUCAUUACCAUGGAAGAUUUAUUAGCUUUGACUUUAGUUAAAAAUUAUGUGAACUAUUUUGAUUUCUAAAAAUCUUAACACUUAACCAUGUUGGUUUAAAAAUAUUUUUAUUGCAUGCUAUUUGGAUAUAACUAAUCUUUUCCUUAUGCAUUCAAUACCUCAAAGUGGGCAAGAUAUAAAUACUGGAUUCUUCUGUUGUUUGUCUUUCGUUACCAAGAGGGUGUAGGAGACAUGUGCCUUCUGGAAACCAAUAGAAGCAAUCACCUGGCACAUGUUUAUCCAUGUGCUCAUGUCCACACAAACUGAUUUUGUCAGGCGCCAGUUCCAACAAAUAGGUAACAGACAUUCCAUUCAUUACAUAGUUCUCACUCCUUGUUACUUGUGUUUCUUGAGUCACCUGAAGUGUUUGUAUCAGAGACAAGGGCAAGAAAAUCUCAUUUAUCUUUGUAUACUCUUUGCAGCUCCAUUUUUAUAGUUGAGAUGAAAUGUUUGAGGAGAGAGCUAUAUCUUGGGAUACCCAUAGACAUGGCUACAUGAAGGAAGACUGCCUACUAGUGGUUGGGGGGUGGUGGAUGUGUUUUGGGACUUUUGUCUUCAAUAAAGCAUAUAAUGAACAAGA